AUGUCCAAGAAAUCAUAUCAAUGCAAGAAGGCACAUACGCAUCCAGACUAUAAAACUAAUCAAGACUCAGAUAUAGGUUUAUUUGAAGUAAGUUACCAACCCAUGUAUUUUAUGUAAUAACUAAACAAGGUCACAAUAUAUAGAAUUUAAAUGUUAAACAGUUGAUAAUGCUUAUGGAUCGAUCACUAUCGUAGUAAAGUAGUUGGGAAGGAUGUACAGGGUAUCUAAGUUUCAUAUACUAUAUUCAUAAACCAGCAAAUUAUUGUGGACGAAAACUAUUCUUACCGGAUUAGUUGUUUUUUCCUUAUAGCCAAAGAUAAAUUUGGAAAUCAACAAAAAUCAAACAAAGAAUACUUCCGUGAACUGCAGUCUUUUUCCCGUCUGACAUUUUAGCAUUACAAUGUUUGUCAUUUUAGAUUCUAAGUGUAGCAAAACAUGUAUUGGUUUUAAUAAGAUGUUCAUUUAUUUUUAGAUUUCGAGCGAGGCAAGGGACCUAUUGGUUUUACAGUGCUGUUUAUUUUUUUCUUUAUUCUAGUCUAUGGACACGUUUUUUCCUAAUAAACUUGCUCCGAUUUUUACGUACAACAUCUUUUAUGAAAACUCAGGUUGUCUAGGUAGUACUUUAAACGGGUCAUUUUUUGAUUUUUGACAUAAUUUUUUAAAUAAAAAUACUAAAAUGGAAAAAAAACGUACAAUUUCACGAUUUCAUUAUUUUAUAAAAACACGGACGACGGUUUUUACCAGAAAAAAUAAUUUAAUCGAAAAUUUACAAGACACCUUUUUUGUUUCCUUUUUGAUUUACUUUCUUACGGUAUCAUUGCCAAAACUUUUAAGCCACUUUUGAGCUUUAGGAAUUUUAAUUUUUGGGAGUUUUUUUACUGUAAUUCGGUUAUAAAUGCACUUAAAGACUUGAAACUUGGUAAUAAUACUUAUAUUAGACUUACCUAGACAAGUCAAAUUUCUUUAAUGAUCGGACGCCUUUUUUUUUUUUAAUAAGCAUUUGUUUUGAAUUCAAAUUUAAUCGAAAAUCGUAAAAAACAAUCAUCAAAUUAUGUGUUACUGAACUGCGCUCGGAAUCCUCUUUCGUUAGGCAAUGGUUUAUCGUUGCUUACAGAUAUAAAUGAAAUCACCUUUAUGUAUCCUACCUUCCCAACUUCACACCUAUAACAGUGGACGCUCAUCCCCAAUAUCGGCUCCUUUAUUUUUCUUUUGACAAUUUUUUACCAUACGACUUGCUCCAAUUUUUACGUGUAGCAACUUUUUUGAAAAGAAGUUGGUGUAGGGAGGCAUCUUAAAGAGGUAAUUUUUCGAUUUUUUCAAAAGUUUUCUCAUCAAAUGUAAAAAUCCGAAAAAAAAAACGAAAAAUGUAUGAAAUAUUAGUGUAUUUUUUUUUCUGUGGACAACUUUUCUACCAGUAAAUUUCACUGGAAAAGUACUUUAAAGAGGUCGUUUUUCAAUUUUCCCCAGAGUUUACUCAGAAAAUGUGAAAAACUGGGAAAAUCGGUACAAUAUUAAACAAAUAUUAUUAAAGAAAAUAUAUAGAGCCUACUUAAUUAUUUUACUAUAGUAAUAUGGCAUGUAUAUUGUUAACUAAGCAUCACUAUCAGCUGAACUCCUCUCAGAAUCGUUUUUUUGUAAGCAAUGGUUUCAUAUCGUUGCUUACAGGUAUACAUUAAAUUACCUUUAAUAAUGGAAACACCCGUUUCUAUUAUCCUAAUUCGUCUUUUUUUUUUUAUACUGUACACAAAAAUUCUACCAUAAUUCUUACACCGAUGUAUAUGUGCAGCGCUAUUUCUGAUAAGAAAUGUUGUCCAGAUGGUACUUUUAGUAGGUCAUUUUCUAAUUUUCCAAGUAGUUUUCAUAAUAUCUGGGAAAAAUCAUUAUAAAACUUAAGAAAACCGGGAAAUUUACAAAAAUAAUACUUUUAUUAUUUUUCAAUUUUGUUAUUUUUUGUAAUUGAGUUAAAAAUAUUCAUAAACUUGAAAUUUGGACAGAUAAAUUAUAUUUGGCUUUUCUAGACUUGGUAAAAUUUUCAAAAAAAAAAAAAACUCAUUUUUGAGUAAAAAAGACAUUAGACCUAGGCAUUUCAAUUUUGCGAGUUUUGAACGUAAUUAUUAUUCGAAGUCAGAAUUGAGCGGACGAAGUUUCGAAAUUAUAGCUUUUUGAAGUUCUGAUAUUAUUCGGAUAUUAUAUGUUAGGUUAAAUACCUCUGUAAUGUCUCUAAGAAUAUAUAUCGUGAUCUAAUGGUUAUAUAUGCCUAUUAUCAUCUUAAAGGCCCCGGGUUUCGCACAACAUUGUUUGCAUUAUUUUGUUCCCCCUUUUACCCAAACAAGGAAAAAAAAUAAUGUAUUUUGGGUGUACCUAAAGACCCAAGCCAUCACUCACUUGGACUAUUUUAAGCGCAAAAUACCUCUCAAUUUGUUGUGCAAAAGUUUGUACCAGAAAUGCUCCGAUGUAUCAAGUGUAGCUUUUAUUUUCUGAAAGGAAAUCUUAUCUCCAUGAUAAUUUAGAGAGGUAAUAUUUUAAUUUAUCAAGCGGUUUUCAUUAAAUUCUCUGGAAAACCAGGAUAAAAUGUCGGAAAAACGGAAGAUGUAUCAAAUGUACUUAUUAAUAAAAAAAAUAUUAUGGCCUUUUUUUUUCUGUGUACAACUUUUUUGCUCCAAUUUAAAAUUAUACCACUUUUCUAAAAUCUAACUGGGAAGGUACUUUAGGAAGGUCAUUUUUCAAUUUUUUUCAAUUUCCCCAAGCGCUUUCCCAGCAAAUGUGAAAAACAUGGAAAAAAUGGGAAAAUCUGUACAAUAUUAAACAAAUAUUAUUAAAGAAAAUAAAUAAUGCCUUUUUAAUUAUUUUACUAUGACAUAUAUUUUGUUGACAAAGCAUCACUGUCAACUAAACUGUGAAUGAAAACAGAAUUGUUUUUUCGUUAGCAAUGGUUUAUCGUUGCUUACAGAUAAACAUAAAAUUACCUACAACAACCUGCAAAUUGUACCCGUCUUCAUUAUACUAGGACUUUUUUUAUGUUUUCUAGUUAAUUUUACUAAAUAUCACUUCUUAUUUCUUAUAUAUCUUACAAAAUAUAGUGGGUCGUCGGGACUUAUGGUUAUUCGUAAAAACGACUCUUAUCUCUUAUCGAUUCGAUAAGACUUUAUUUAUCGAAUCGAUAAGUUAGAAGCCUGAUUUCGAUUCGAUAAGUAAUAAAAAUAGUUCCAUAACUAUUUAUUGAACUGAUAAUACGCUUGUAUAUUUAUUCCCGCCACCCGGUAGCCGCUACUGGCUUACUCCUUAAUUUUUAACUUAAUUUAUCCUGUGGUUAUACAUUUUAUUAGUCUUUUUUAUUUUGUAUUUAUUUGACAAUGUAUCUAAAUACAUAAUUUCAAAAGAACGAUUGCAAAAAACAAUCGAUUUAUCAUUUAUUAAACAUACCACACUACUACGACCAGGGUAAAUUAAUAAUUAUGUUAGUAAAAUUAAAUAAUUAUACUACGUUGAACAUUUUAUGCAACAGUACUGUAUUAUAUGGAACUAUAAGAUUUUUUUUAUAAUAGUUUAUCAACCCGAUAGCAAACCUUAUCGAGCUGUUUUUAUCGGCAGUUGAUGCAACCCGGCAAUAGCUAAUAAAAAUAUUAAUUUAUAAAAUAUUGAUUGUACUUACUCAUUUUGUGUUUAAUAUAAAAAUACAAAUUUUAUUUUAUUAGUUUAUGUAUAAGUAUACAAAUUUAGAUUUCUAACAAGACCUUAAAGUUUAUAAAAUUAUAUGAAAAUAAAAAAAAAUAUAUAAAUAUAAAUGGGACCCUGCAAAAUUCUGCACCGGACCUCGAAAUCGAUCAGGCCGGCACUUCAUGUAUGAAUACUAUAUAUAUGCAAAUACCCAAACCUAAAAGUAGAAUAAUUUAUUAGCACGGAAAUUUAAAAUUCCAACACCAAAAUAUUUUUAACCAAAAGUUCAUAUUUUUCUGGUGUUUUCAGCAGUGACGUAUUUGAGGGAGAUGUAACGUGCCGACGUAAGGAAUGAGACUUAGAAGGAAACUUGAAAUAAAUUGAACUCCAACUCGAGUUAUAAUAUCACAUUAAUAUUUCCACAAUAAAUAACACAAGUUCAAUUACAAUAGUUUUCAUAAAAUAUACUAAGACCAUUUUAAAUUAUAACAUCAAAAAUUACUCCAAGUCCAAAAUUAAUUCAUAAAUAAUAUAAGUCCAAAAACAUAAAAUAGAUACACGAAAUAGCUCGCAACAGAUUCCCCGCUACCCGUUGUUUAUAGUCGCUGCUAUCUUUAUUUUGGCUGUUGCCGUCAGAAUUGAAUACAAAGGCCUAAGCUUACAAGAAAUCAACUAAUUUUGACGAUACGCGUUAUUGUUCAAUGCAUAGUGUCUAAAUAUUAUAAACAAGACAUCUUCUCACAACAGUAUUGUUUAUUCGUAUUCAAUUUGGAAAUUAGAACACGGCCGGUGUGGUCCGUGUGCCGAAACUAAAGAGCCACAGCAUAUUUCGGUACAGAAUUGUAUUACAGGCCCAUCUGUGUCGGGAAGGUAUUUGGUUUCACGCGUUUCGACCACUAGUUUCGACCUAGCUUAUAAUACAAAAUUUCCUAACUUACGUAAGUUAUACAAUCUUAUUAUUAUUCGGAAUGUGGUAAAUGUUUUUAAUUACUGUUAAUUUAGUUUUUAAUACCUAAUAAUAGUUGAAUUCUCCUCCUUUUUUGUUACAUUUUGGUACACUUUUUGACUCAAUCGGUUUUUUAUCAGCAUAAUGAUUAUACUGUUAUUAAUAAAAUAUUUAUUUCAAUAGUUAAGUUGUGUUUUAGCGAUUAUGUAAAAAAUUACGGCACUUCAAAUUGUGUAUUAUCGAACUGCGCUCGGGAUCGUCUUUCGUCAGCAAUGGUUUAUCGUUGCUUACAGAUAUAAAUUAAAUAAUCUUAUAUACCCUACCUUCCCAACUUCUCACCUACAACAGUGGCCGCUCCCAUCCCCAGUAUCAGCUCUUUUUUUUAUACAUAGCUCUAUGAAAAUCAAAAAUAGGUAGUGAUUUCACCCCCUAAUUAUUUUAGGGUGACCAAAAAUAACAAUUAUGUAAACACCUAAAGAAUACUCGUUUCUUAAAGUUUUCAAAAAUCGAAUGUCUAAUAAUGGUCAAUAAUUUCCGAGGUAAUGAGUGUACGACAUGAUAAUUCUCCUGUAUACGUAUUCCAUUAAAACUGUUAUAAUGGUAUACAGUAUCUCAAAUCUCUUAAACCGGUCAGGGUCCAAAUUCAGUGUUAAUAAUCCCAUAUUAUAUUAUUAUUUGUUUAUUUUAUUAAUAUUGUUAUCUAACUAUAAUAAAAUAAUACAAUUUAAUUUAACUAUAAAAUUUUGUUAACAAAGUUAAACGACCCAAUCCAAGAAGCUAAUACAUUUGCAAGAAUAGGCGGUUACCCUGGAGAGUUUAUUCGAGAAAAAGGAGUAAGUUGUACACUCAUUGGAUUUGGUUUGACAAGUCAAAUACCAGAUCCAAAAAAGAGUUUGCGAGGACAAAUGGCAGAUGUUAUGGUCUAUUAUGACUCCAAUAAAUGUUUUGACGGCCUUAACAAACAUAUGUAAGUAAUAAUUUUUUAAAAAAACGCAAAUCACGCAUCACUACUGUGUAGUAAUGAAUAGGUUUUGAUUUUAUUAACCGUGUUCCUUAAAUGUAUCCCUUAUGAUAACGGUGGUAUCAACAUAUUCUUUUUUCAGUAAGAAAUCAUUGACUACAGUAGUUAUAUAAUUAUAAAAAACUAUACUUUCCAGCGCGACCUAAGUAAAAAAAAAAAAAAAAAAAAAAAAGCGUAGUAGCUGCGAACGUAUAUUAACAGGAGCCAGAAUUUUACCAUUGAAAAACCGUGCUAAUUUGUGUUAAUCCAUCGGACAAUUCUACAAAACAAACGGCUAAACAUAUAAGGUCAUAUAAGGUAUCAUUCGAUCAGAAAUAUUGUGCAGAUUGGAACAUAUGAGCUCUAGAGACUUGGUUGGGGGGGGGGGCAAACCAUAUUUUUCAAAAAACUAUUAAAAACUUAUGUUAAGUUUAUUUAUACUUCGUAGAGUAUAGAUUGUAAGUAGAUAACUCACAUUAUACAGAUAACUACACACUUGUACGUAUCUGCAAUAAUUGAUAUGAUUUAUAUUUUUUGUGUAGUUAUUUUUAACAAAAAUACGGGCUUAGGGGGGCGACCCUUAGGCCCUCCCUGGAUGGGAACAGGAGAACUCGCAAGCAGAUUGGUUAGAUGGAUUAAAAGUUAUAACCAAAAAUGUUCAAGUAUUCUAUCGUAGAAUAUCUAUUCUCAUUACUUCGACGACGACCACGCAAAAUAUAAUACUCGUAUGUCCUCCGAUCCGCCGCUUAUUCAUCCCGCUACUCACGUUGCUGCGACAAAGACGACGUACGAGUGUCAACGACGCCGGACCCUCAGUUGUUAAGUUUAUAUUUAACGAACGGUUUCCAAUUUAAAAUCCAUCUUUAGGUUUAACAAAGUCAAAUAACAUAGCGACUUUUUUUUUUUUUUAUAAAAAUAGCUGAUAUCACACCAAAACACUUCGUUAUAACUCAGUGUACAAAAAAGCUAAAUUAAAAAAAAAAAAUCAUGUAGUGACAUUACAUUUAGUAAUGAUAAAACCAUUAAAAGGCGUGAUAUAAUAUGGAAACUAAGUAAAAUGCCAUUUUGUUAUAUUACAAAUGCCUACAAUGACAAAUAAGAUUAAUUGUAAAAUUUAACAUUUAGUCAACAUUUAUUAUACUUGGCAAGACAUGUAAGUAAAUAUAACAAAUUUUAACAUUUCUUAGUUUGAAUUGAUAGGUUUAUAUUUAACGACUUUGAAUUAAAAAUAAUUUGUCGUUAUAGAUAUUUGUAAUAUUAUAAAAUGGUAUUAUUUUACUUAGUUUCCAUAUUAUAUCACGUCUUUUAAAGGUUUAAUUAUUACUAAAUGUAAUGCCACUACAUAAUAUUUGGAUUCCGAGCGUAGCAUAUGAGCUAUUGGUUUUAAUAAGAUAUUUACUUUUUUUUUUCUUCUAGUUUAUGGACACGUUUUUUCUAGUAAACUUGUUCCGAUUUUUACGUGCAACACCUGAAAGCUCAGGUUGUCUAGAUAGUACUUUAAACGGGUCAUUUUUUGAUUUUUCACACGAUUUCAUUAUUUUAUAAAAACACGGAUGACGUUUUCUACCAGAAAAAAUGAUUUAAUCGAAAAAUCACAAGAUACCUUUUUUGUUACCUUUUUGAUUUACUUUCUUCCGGUAUCAUCGUCAAAACUUUUGAGCCACUUUUAGGCUUUUAAGUAAUUGUAAAUUUUGAGAGUUUUUUGCUGUAAUUCGAUUGUAAAUACACGUAGAGACUUGAAACUUGGUGAUAAUAUUUAUAUUGGACUUACCUAGACGUGGUAAAAUUUCCAAAAUCGUCGGACUUUUUUUUUGUAAACGUGUUUUGAAAUCAAAUUUAAACGAAAAUCGCAAAAAAAACGACCUUCAAAUUAUGUAUUACCAAACUGCGCUUUGGUUUUUUUGGUUUUGGCGCUUUGGUUACAAAUUAAAAAAAUCGUUUUUCGUCAAGCAAUGGUUUAUCGUUGAAUUGAUUUGAAAAUGUAUUUACAAUAUUUAUCAAUUUAAAUCUAAAUGUUAACAUGAAUUAUUUUAAUAUAGGCGAAAAUGUCCAGAUAAAAAUAAAUAAUUUGUUUAAAUACUAUAUAUGUAAGAGUACAACAAGUGAUGGAAAUUAACCCUCCUUUAUCCAGCUUUAACAGAAACAACCAUUAAAAAAAUUAAAUAAUUAAAUUUACCAACCGUAUACCUACUUUUUAAUUGUUUAUAUUAAAAUAUGCUAUAGGGACUGCAUAUAUAAGAAAUAUAAAUUAAUUUUGCUUACCUUGUGUACUGACAUGUCAUUUUACUAAAAAUAGCUAUCGUACUAAAAUAAUAUAUAUAUUGUUGACAAAGCAUCACUAUCAACUGAACUCCGCUUAGAAUCGUUUUUUCGUAAGCAAUGGUUUAUUAUUGCUUACAGGAAUACAUUAAAUUAUCUAUAAUAACCUGCAAGCUGCGCCCGUCCUCAUUAUACUAAAACCUUUUUUUAUGUUUUCUAGUUAUUGUUACUAAAUAUCACUUCUUAUUUCUUAUAUAUAUUACAAAAUAUGGUGGGUGGUUGGGACUUAUGGUUAUUUGAUUUGAACAGCAAUUAAUAUUUAUGUGACUGGAUGGGUACUCGGGUAACUUUUUAGUUUAUAAUAUACAAUAUAUUAAACAAGUAUGAAUGUAUAAUACAAACCGAUAAACUGACGACAAUGAAAUAAUUUACGGACAAAACGCAGAUAACAAUAAUCAAUAUUGUAGGUACGCUGGUACUUAAACCAUUAUUACGAGGUGUUUUUUUUUCUCAGUCAAAAUGUGUAGAUAAUAGGGCAGCUCUGCUCCCCCGUUGUACAGACUAUGGAUAAAUCUCACCCCAUACUUAUUUAAUGAUAUGAAUAUUCAUUUUCAACACUUAUUUGUCUUCUCCAAAAUUUUUUAUAAAGUAGAUAAAUUUUUGGAUUUAAAUAUAAUUUAACACUUAUCUAUUUUCUGUUCUAAUUACUCAUAGGUCUGUGUAAUUAUGAAACUUCAUUAUGUCACACUUUGUUUUAGUUACAAGAACGAAAAAUUUUUAUGUGUGGAAAUUGGUAAAAAAGGAACAUGUGGUGGAGACAGUGGUGGUCCAAUGAUAUGUAAUGGAUGUCAAUACGGGGUUUGCUCUAAUGAUGCCCUAUUUGACAAGAGCCUUAUAAAUAACAAAAUAUUAUCAUGUGACACAGAUAAAAAGCAAUGUAAACAUAUAUUUGUUUACGUUUUCAAAGAUUGGAUAGCAAAAAUAACGGGAAUUUCGGAGUAUUGUGGUGUAAAUCCACAAAUUGUUAAACCUCCCUUGAUUCCUCAAAUUACCAAAAGUCCAAGCACCCCAAUUACCAAGAAUCCUCAAACGACCAAAUCCCCAAACACUCCCAGUAACAAAAAUCCUCAAACGACCAAAUCCCCAAACCCUCCUAACGAAAAUCCCACUAGUACUGAUGCAUCAAAGAAAAAAAAGAAAAAAAAGGAAAAAAAGAAGAAAAAGAAGAAAAAGAAGAAAAAAAAGAAGAAAAAUUGUGCGAUAAUACCCAAUCGUGAAUUAAACUAUGUGAUUGUUUUUUUCGUCACUGUAUAUAAUGCUUUUUUUUUUAAAUAA